AUGCGAAUAGGGAUUUUUAAUGUCCCCUGCCCUACUGUAAAACUGGCGCUUUACUUUGAGGAACGUAGUGGGAACGUUAAUGAGCAAGAGUCUGCCGACCCUGGAUCAGUCGGACCCCCCCCCCCCCCACCGUGUGGAGGGGUUGCCACUUCCAGCUCCCUUCACCUUCGCGCCGCCGACAGCCGCACGACCAAUGGCCGCCCGCCCCGAGCCGGCGAAAGGUUUUAUAUACGAGUGGAAUUCGCAGUGCCAAACCGCUACAAGUCAAAAUAUAGGGUAGUCGGGCGGUCCACUCGUUCGUCGUGCUCCCGACCAGUGUGCAACCGGCUGUCGUUCAGAAACGUUGGUGGUGCGUCUCCGCACACACACGGAUUGUUAGCGUCCCGCCACCACGUGUCACCGGGCAAAUGCGCGGCGCUCCAGUGCCUCCAUAAA